UUAGCAAGUACUCUCCUUUCUGGCGCUGCUUCAUUGUGGAUUGAGAAGCGGUAGAUUCGGAGGCGCUCAAUUUCUAUAACUUCUGUUUGGAGUCAAGAAGACUACCAUUUUCGUCUUUGCAUGAUCCUACGAUUCAUGCAUUCAGCUUGUGCUCAUACCACCGAAGCCUCUGCUAAAAGUCGACCUUCGAGAGUAAUCUAUCCUCUAAUAUCUCUGUCUGCCAGGGAACAGUUUCGCAAAGUCGUUUCUAGCUUAAUCCUGGACUCAAUGGCCCAACCAAGUUCGAGCACGAUGCCAAAUUCACCCCCAAGCCUCAGAAAAGUCGCGCCUUACUGGUAUCCGUAUACAACCAUGGCGAAGGAGCGGUGGCUUGGCCGAGAAAUUUUAGAGGUUGUGUCGACGGAGUUUCGGGAUCGCUCUAUGGAAUACUACAGAUAUGCUUUGGAAUCCGGAGUGACUACUAUCAAUGGCAAAGUCGCGAAGCCUGACACCAUCGUCCGAAAUGGUGAUCGAAUAGAGAACGUUGUCCACCGUCAUGAACCACCAGUGACUUCAAAACCCGUGAAGAUCAUUCAUCGUGACAAGGAGCGGGAAUUUAUUGUAAUAGACAAACCUGGGAGCAUCCCCGUACACGCUGCCGGAAGAUAUCACAAGAACAGCCUGAUUGAAGUUUUAAGGGAGGAGUACGGCAUCAAAAAGGCUUACUUUGUUAAUCGUCUCGACCGGCUAACGUCCGGCCUGAUGAUUGUCCCACUAUCCUCCACAUGUGCGAACAGGCUCGCUGUAGAGUUUGCUGCAGGAGAUGUGAAAAAGGAGUAUCUGGCCCGAGUACUAGGAGAGUUUCCAGAGGAAGAAGUGACCUGCGAAGAACCACUUCUGACAAUUGACCGUCAGCAAGGACUGAACAUCGUUCAUCCUGAAGGGAAGCCAGCGAAGACUGUCUUCAAAAGAUUACACUAUGAUGCAAAUACGGAUACCAGCGUUGUGCAUUGCCGACCGUUUACUGGACGAUCUCAUCAGCUUAGAGUUCACCUGCAAUUUCUUGGACACCCCAUUGCAAACGAUCCUGUUUACUCAAGUCCAAGAAUAUGGACUGAGAAACUUGGCAAAGGAGGAAUCGACGUCACGCCUAGCGAUGAACGAGAAGCACCGACAGUUCCAUCGGAGCUGCAGAAUAACGGGAACAAAAAGCAAAUCCCUGGGCAGGACACGACUUCAUCACUCCCGCUAAAUACUGAAGCCGAAGGCAGCUCGUCGAGCUCCAAACCAUUACCACGAGAAACGGGUCAAGAUAUUGGUUUUGGCUCGCCGGUACCUUUAUCCGCGGAAGCCGUGCGCGUAAUAACGAACUUGCGAAAUAUGAAGGAUGAGGAGGAAGACUGGAGCCGAUGGCGAGACGUCGUCUUCAAAGCAAAAGGCAAACUCCACCCACAUCACAUCGUUCUUACUCCCCCACCUCCCCAAAAUCGACGAAAACGAGGCGGACCUGCUGCCCUUGUAGAUAUAUCAACUCCUGAAACUCCUCAGGACUCAGAACCACAAACACCCGAACUCAUCCCACCCACCCCUGUAGACGUUCAGUCGCCAUCAAUUGAACAGGAAGCGGAACCGGUACCAGAAGGACCGCCGCAGCUGAGCGUGGAGGAAGCUCUCGAGAAGAUCAAGAUCGCGGAAGAAACUGCUGAGGAUGUGAGCGGCCUGACAACAGACACCAGGGCAGAUCUUUCCCAGCCCAAGACCGAAAUGCACUAUUGCCCUGAGUGUUAUCUGCCGAUCCACCCAGAUCCGAAGCCUGAGAAGUUGUAUAUCUUCUUGCAUGCGUUGAGGUAUACGACCAGUUUUGGGUGUUUUGAGACUGAGAUGCCAGAGUGGGCAGCAGAAGGAUGGGAGUGGGAUAGAUCAUAAUGCGAGCUUACGUCGCGUCUGCUUCGUUUGUGGCAUACAGAGACGUGUCCGUUUGCAAUUUGCGUGUCACAAUGAAUCUAUACGAAAGCG